AUGGACGGGAACAAUCAGACCACUGUAACAGACUUUGUCCUGCUGGGGCUUUCUGGACACCCAAAGUUAGAGACCAUUUUCUUUGUGCUGGUCCUGUGGAUGUACCUGGUAAUCCUCGUGGGUAAUGGAGUUCUCAUUACAGUUACCGUCUAUGACUCCCACCUCCACACACCCAUGUACUUCUUCCUUGGUAACCUCUCCUUCCUGGACAUUUGCUAUACAACCUCCUCUGUGCCCCUAAUUUUAGAUAGCUUCCUCGCUCUAAAGAAAACCAUUGCCUUCUCUGGCUGUGCAGUACAGAUGUUUCUAUCCUUUGCCAUGGGAGUGACUGAAUGUGUGCUCCUGAGCAUGAUGGCAUUUGACCGCUAUGUGGCCAUCUGCAACCCCCUGAGAUACCCUAACAUCAUGAACAAAAAAACAUAUGUGUCCAUGGUGGUUGGGUGCUGGACAGCAGGUGGCAUUACUUCUGUGGGGCAAACUUCUCUUGCAAUGAGAUUGCCCUUUUGUGGAGAUAAUGUCAUCAACCAUUUCACAUGUGAAAUCCUGGCACUACUGAAAGUGGCUUGUGGUGAUAUCUCAAUCAAUGUAAUUAGCAUGAUAGUGACUAACAUAAUUUUUCUAGUUUUCCCAGUGCUGUUCAUUUUUAUGUCUUAUGUUUUCAUCCUCACCCCGAGGAUCCCUUCAGCAGAGGGGAGAAGCAAAGCCUUUUCCACCUGCUCAGCUCACCUGACUGUGGUCAUUAUCUUUUAUGGAACAAUCUUUUUCAUGUACGGGAAACCCAAAUCUAAGGACUCUCUGGGAGCAGAUAAAGAAGACAUUGCAGACAAACUUAUCUCCCUCUUUUAUGGUGUGGUAACACCCAUGCUCAAUCCUAUCAUUUAUAGUCUGAGGAACAAGGAUGUAAAGGCAGCUGUAAAGAAUUUGCUGAGCCGAAAGCAUUUCACUGAUUAA